AGGGCAUUUCUAAAAUUGAAACCUUCUAAUUUGACAUAAAAAUCUUUAAUGUUAAUGCAAUUAUAUAAUAUAAUAUACCCAAGGAAAGACGGAUUUUUUUUAAAUCAUUUUAUUUCCAACGUUACCUUAGCACGAUGAAUCGCUCAACUCAAACUUAUCUCCGUAUGAUAAUUCUAUAAAUGAUCUUUGAUACGAACUUCGCAUCGAGGUAACUUAAAUGGGAAUGCUACUCUAGGUCUUAUUUUUCUGAGUAAAUAAUUUUUAAUCUGAGUCUUAGUUAAAUGAUAACUUGGUAACUUAAGUUUUUAUUUUUUUUGUAACUUGAACAACUCCUGCUCUGCUUACAGAAACUACUUGACUACUUAUUCUCUUUCUGGGCGCCUACCAUCUCUAUGGUGCCUACUUGCUUAAUUUUUAUGACAGGUACCGUCAAUCUUGUGAAUCUGGCUUUUCACCCUCUAGUCUUCCUUGCACGCACUGCUCUUUCAAGUUGAGCCUGGUUGUUUCUGGUCGUUUAAACUACCACGCGAGACGCGAGACGGCCCUUUUUAUACCAAAUUGGAAAAGAUGCCAGACUGGUUCUUAUAACAUAUGUACGUUGCGUGCUUGCUAACUAUAUUAUCGUUAUUUUGGUUCUUAUAAACGCAAUUCACCGAUGAACGCACCAAUGAACUUGUCUUGUCGCAACGCUUAUUGCGUGAGAUAAAGAAAAGAAUUAUUUCUCGCAAAAAUUUUAAUGUUAUUUGACGUGAGUAGCUGCAUCUUACGUCAAAUUAGUGGAAGGCUUUGCUAUUAAAAGAAUGCACUCAUUAAUAGAGCUAAAAGUUUCGAUUUGCAGUCAAUAGAAGAGCUUCAAGAUGUUUUCCAAGUUGAGUUUUCAUUCUUAUAGAGGACGAUACGCAAAUAAGACUGUAGAAAAUGGUUGGUCUUUGCAAAAAUGUUUUGGCGGUGCCACCAAGUAAAGGCUUGACGGAAAAAGAAGAAAGUUGUAAUCUGGCUGCAGAUCGAUAUUCAAGUUGUCCACGUUGUGAACUACUUACCUUUGCCAGUCUCGAAAACUGCAGUUUUCUAGGAAUAAUGAAUCAACAAGAAAUGUUAACAGAAAGCUGCAAAGAAGCAAAUAACGAAGCAGACCGAAUUGACCGUUCAUUAGGCGCUUUUUGCAGGGAAAAAGAACACAAGGAAUUCUCAGAGACACCAGAAAAUAUCAACGCUGGAUCGAAUGUUGAAAAUCCCUCGAAUGAUUUUAGCAACGGUAUUACUGUGACAACUAGUGUAGCAGCGUUUAACGGCAAUAUUGAGAGAACUUGCUGUUCCAAUUGUCAUACAAACACGAGCGUAUAUCACCUCGAAGAUUCAGCGCAAAACAAGGGAUCUAUUAGCGCAAAUGCUACAGUAACAAUACCGGUUUCUUACUAUAAUGCAUUGAGAGCUGCAGAUUCAGCGAAAAGAACUUUAUUGCACUGUGAACAUUGCUGUAGUGACACUGAGGUUUCGUAUAUAGAGAAGAAAAUGCCAAGGAAUACAUCCAUUAAAGGUGACGGAGUUUGUGUAGCGACUCACCUGCUAUGGCCUAAGCCUCUUGAAAAGAUGCAUUAUGAUUCAACUGGGGUUACGGAGAAUGAAUUAGUUGAUGUUUCGAAUGAAGGAAGAGGCGAUGAUAAUAUUAAUACUGUUUUCGGAAUGGAACUUGACAGCAAAAGCGAACAGAAUGUUUAUUUUACACCGAAGGUCGCAGGAGGGAAUGGCAGAAAGAAUAGGUUUAAAGAUGGACAAUGUUCCACGAACAAUUUAGUUAAAGAUGAAUCGUCGAAAUAUCAGAGUUUUGGAAAAAUGUUUCGAGGUUGCCCGGUUAUAAGUUAUAACGUUUAUAAUGAUCAGGUUUGGAAAGAGCCGUAUUACUUCUCCUCCGAAAAGCAAUUGGCAACUGUCGACGUCAAAAAAGGCUCGCAUAUUAAGUAUACUCCUUUGAGAAGUGAUAUUUCGUUUCAAACUUCUUGUGGUAAAAUGUUUCCAGUCAUCGAUCAGACUCAGAAAUAUUAUAAUCUUGGUCAGUCUCCGAGUGAAAAACGGUCAGAAAUGGAUAACAUAGAUAAUAACGCCCAGCUCAAUCAAAGAUUCGCCGAUUAUAGAAUGGAUGUUGGAGAAGCGGAAGAAAAAGAAAAAAUACCUUGUUUUGGUCCUAUGAAUUUCAUAACCGGAAUGGAGUUGGAUCCAGCUGUUGAAUGUUCAGAUAAGUUUAAAACAAAUAGAUUAAAUAUUGAUGAAGUUGACGCCAAUAAAGAAAAUUAUGAACAUUCUUAUUCGGAUUAUACAUUUGGAAUUAGCUCAACUGAUACCACGUGUAGAAGCUACCGAAGUUCAAUUUCUGCUGAGGUAGAUAUAAAAGAAGAUGAAAGGGGGGAUGUUACUAUGGAAUCAGAAGUAGAAAAUUCGACGCAAAAGCCAGGUAUGACAGCGAAUGGAGUGUUAGAAUAUUUGGGAACGUCGGAAGGUGAUUUUUCGUAUAAGAAUCUCUGCGACAUUCCUCAAGAACGUCUCCAUAUGUUGCUGACGAAGUUACAGCAGCAGAAAGCUGAAAUAAGAAUCAGUGCGAGAGAGAAUUGUUUUCAGCAGUUACAAGAUAUCUUGAACAGAAUUUCUUUAGAGGAUGACAAGCGAUUAGCCGACAAGGGCGUCGAGAAGUUGAUCGAGGUUGCACGGGCUUAUGUCGCAACGUUCAACGAAAAACCUGAAAGUGAUCACGAUUAUAUCCUCAGCACUACGUCUCAGGUGUUUAGCGAAAUGACUGGUGCGAGAGAAGCGGUGUCUGCCAGCUGUCGUGAAAGGAAGCCUUGUCUGUGUGAAGAGAACAAUCGCCCUAGUAGCUCGAAUGGAACUGGGAUUUUAGCAGCAAAUGCAUUCAUCCGUAAAUUCAGAUUUGAUUAUGUAGCAGAAGGAAAGACACGCGUGGAUUCUUUAACUGUGGAUGGGCGUGGUAUAGACUUUAAUGGAGUUAAUAGAAAUGAAUUUGAAGUGACAGACAGAGAAUGUACGGAAUCAAUUACAUGUAGCAGCUGUUUUAUUGGGGAAAAGGCGAAGAAUAAUAAUGAUGAAACGCAUGGCAAGAAUCGAAAAAUUCAUUAUGCCGAUAGGUCUAGUUUGAAUUCUUCUUUUGACACUCAGGUCGAGUCUUUAACCGGUCAUAGUCAUGUACAAUGCAAUCAAAACGUCUCAAUUUUGUCAGAAAACGGUAAAAGACCACUUGAAAUUAGCAGCUCAGAUGGGAUCGUUGAUGGCAGAAAUGGGACAACUAGAGCUGUUGAAGAAUGCAGUAAAUUAAUUGGGAAUUGUAGAUGCGAAGACAGUCUAGGUGAAGAGAAGGCUUUCGAAACAGACAAGCCACAGGAAGAUUGUUCACAAGACAUGGAACUAGUGGCGGAUGCAUUAUUGAGCCUCAGCGAAUGCUUGCCUUCAAGCAGCAACGAAGGAAACACUAUUGAGUCUUUUCGACCUGUUGUGAGAGAAUUCUAUCAGAUUGAAGAAGCCAAGAUAUAUAGAAGACGUUUAUGCGACUUGAUCGAGAAAGAAAGGAAGUCAAAAGGAAACGCGAAUAAAGAGCGGCUACAAGUUUUCAGAGAGAAAAAGUUGGAGGAAAUUGAAAAAAAAAUCGGUGCGAUAGUAAAGGAGAAAAAGACAGAAAUUGAUCUCAAAUUUUCUUUCGAGAUUAGUUUAAUGAGUGAAAGUUUUAGACAAGAAUUGUGGUUGAGAAUUCAGAAAUGCAUUUGUGGAAAAGUUGGUCAGCUUUCUUGUUGCAGUCAAUGUCGAAAUGUAUUUUAUUGUAGCAAGAGAUGUCAAGUUGUUGAUAGCGAUGAGCACGAACAAGUUUGUAGUCAAAGAAGAAAAUUAUAAAUUUGUAAACAAAUGGCAUUUGUACAUCACUAUGUAUGUUUGGGAAUUAAGUUUUUUCUAUUUCAUCUUUGUCUCUGUUAUCUAAAGUCUUUGUUGAUACACAGUUGCAUGUAAGCAUGUUAGCUUCAUGAAGUCUCUGGUGAACGAAAUAUAGACACAUAAUGAUAAGAAAAUUUGAAUCAAAUUGUGUAAUAUGUAUCAUUUUUAUGAGCAAGUGCCUUAAAAGGCUAGCAAAUCAACCAUUGGCUUGUAAAGAACAAAACAGGCCACUGAAAACCCACCUCUUUUAUUUAAUCUCAGUGUCCUAAACAAAAUUGAAAAGGCUUUGCUUUCCAUGUUGAAGCAAUUUGGGAAUUUGGGAGUUUGGAAUUGAAAACAAGGGCAAAGCAUGCUGCUUGGGGAGGGGUACAAUGGUUUUCAUGGCAGAGAAAUAGCACAAGGGUAGUACUCAAAGACAUUUCUCAAAGAAUUUUGUAAGCAAAAACGACAUCCCUCGUUAGAGCUAAUUUGCAUUUUGCGAAAGAUGGCGGGUCUGACAGCAAAGGACACGCUUUGCGACAAUAGAAGGCAUUCAAGCAUUCACAUGCAAAACUAGCUUCAAGAUUGCCACAUUGCAAGCAGAUCUGCGAUGGAAAUGAAAAACCACAAUUAAUAUAGCUUCAGUAGUGAUCUAAAGUAAAAAAUUGGAAACAACAUGAUGACAAUUUAAUGAAGUCUGGCUGUAUGUAAAUUUAGCUCUGUCUCAACUUUUCUUCAAAAAUUGCCCAUUUAUUCGGAGUAUCUUUCCCAGUCAAAUGCUCUAGUUGGUAUGUCAACAGUUACUUUUACGUUGAAAAAUAUGCAAUAUUCUCAAGUGCGUAUGGAUUUGAAGGAAGUUUUCAGAGGGGAGAGGGAACCUUAAUAGGUUGGAGGUAGAGGACGUUCCAUUAUUUAGGGGUACCUUUUCUCUGAGAAGUGGGGAAUUAUCGAUGUCAAUUUUUAAAAUAUGUGCAGAGUUAUGGGUGUAAUUUGUAGAAACACGAGAUUUAUCAGUGUCAUUUAGGGAAAUAUUGCAAAAUUUUAAGGAGGGAAAUUUGGCAUGAACAAAAUGAAUGUUUAGUUAGAAAUGAAAGUAUGAAAUAAGCGAAAAAUUGAAUUUUGGGCCAAGGACAUACAUAAUUUGAUGGAUGAUUUCGUUGUGUUUUAAGAAAUGUUAUUUGCUUUGCGGAAAUUUGGGUAUAGACUUCAUCAUGUUGGCGUUAUUAUGAGUCACAUUUUUUCAGACAUGUGUGGAAUUAUGGGCCCCAAUUUUGGUCAAGAAUGGCACGUCCCUGUCCAAAACUACGCUUAGUUACCCUCUCGAGAGGUAUUUUGGCAUCAUCCCCAGCUGAA